CCCCCUCCCAGCAGAGUGGAGGAGUUGAUGUGUCUCAUUAUAACAGCCAAUGCAGCCGCCAUCCACGCACAAGCAAAGAAGCAUGUCCCAUUUAAAUACACCCACGCAGCCCCAGCGCCCUUAGCAGAGCAGGGCGCGCAGCCCACACGCACCGCGGCUCCGGGCUUGGAGAUCCGCGCAGGUUGGGCUCCCGGACCCGGCGGACCGAAGAAGAGCGGAGGAUAGGGAUCCGGUGCUGUGGGGCCGGGGUGGGCGGGGGAGGCUGGGCCCCGGGCCUCUGGCGCGACACCCGCAUGAGGACGCGAGUGAAAUAGACCAAGGUGGAAUUUCCAAGGGAGAAGCUUCAGGGUGGUUUUGGACCAUUUCUCACGCGAAGAUAUAGACAUGGCGAGCGACUCCCCGGCUCGCAGCCUGGAUGAAAUCGAUCUCUCGGCUCUGAGGGAUCCUGCAGGGAUCUUUGAAUUAGUGGAACUUGUUGGAAAUGGAACAUAUGGACAAGUUUAUAAGGGUCGUCAUGUUAAAACGGGCCAGCUUGCAGCCAUUAAAGUUAUGGACGUCACAGGGGAUGAAGAGGAGGAAAUCAAACAAGAAAUUAACAUGUUGAAGAAAUAUUCUCAUCACCGGAAUAUUGCAACUUACUAUGGUGCUUUUAUCAAAAAGAACCCACCAGGCAUGGAUGACCAACUUUGGUUGGUGAUGGAGUUUUGUGGUGCUGGCUCUGUCACUGACCUGAUCAAGAACACGAAAGGUAACACCUUGAAGGAGGAGUGGAUUGCAUACAUCUGCAGGGAGAUCUUACGAGGGCUGAGUCAUCUGCACCAGCAUAAAGUGAUUCAUCGAGAUAUUAAAGGGCAGAAUGUCUUGCUAACUGAGAAUGCAGAAGUUAAACUAGUGGACUUUGGUGUCAGUGCCCAGCUUGAUCGAACAGUGGGCAGGAGAAAUACCUUCAUCGGGACCCCUUACUGGAUGGCACCAGAAGUCAUUGCCUGCGACGAAAACCCAGACGCCACAUAUGAUUUCAAGAGUGACCUGUGGUCGCUGGGAAUCACCGCUAUCGAGAUGGCAGAAGGUGCUCCCCCUCUCUGCGACAUGCAUCCCAUGAGAGCCCUCUUCCUCAUCCCCCGGAACCCAGCACCUCGCCUGAAGUCGAAGAAGUGGUCAAAAAAAUUCCAGUCAUUUAUUGAGAGCUGCUUGGUAAAGAAUCACAGCCAGCGACCAGCAACAGAACAAUUGAUGAAGCAUCCAUUUAUACGAGACCAACCUAACGAACGACAGGUCCGCAUUCAACUCAAGGACCAUAUCGACAGAACAAAGAAGAAGCGAGGAGAGAAAGAUGAGACGGAGUACGAGUACAGCGGAAGUGAGGAAGAAGAGGAGGAGAAUGACUCAGGAGAGCCCAGCUCCAUCCUGAACCUGCCUGGGGAGUCCACGCUGCGGCGGGACUUCCUGAGGCUCCAGCUGGCCAACAAGGAGCGCUCGGAGGCCCUGCGGCGGCAGCAGCUGGAGCAGCAGCAGCGGGAGAACGAGGAGCACAAGCGGCAGCUGCUGGCCGAGCGCCAGAAGCGCAUAGAGGAGCAGAAGGAGCAGCGCCGGCGGCUGGAGGAGCAACAACGGCGGGAGAAGGAGCUGCGGAAGCAGCAGGAGAGAGAGCAGCGCCGGCACUACGAGGAGCAGAUGCGCCGGGAGGAGGAGAGGAGGCGCGCGGAGCACGAGCAGGAGUACAUCAGGCGACAGUUAGAGGAGGAGCAGAGACAGUUAGAGAUCUUGCAGCAGCAGCUACUGCAUGAACAAGCUCUACUUCUGGAAUAUAAGCGCAAACAAUUGGAAGAACAGAGACAAGCAGAAAGACUGCAGAGACAGCUAAAGCAAGAGAGAGACUACUUGGUGUCUCUCCAGCAUCAGCGGCAGGAGCAGAGGCCGGUGGAGAAGAAGCCACUGUACCAUUACAAAGAAGGGAUGAGUCCUAGUGAGAAACCAGCAUGGGCCAAGGAGGUGGAAGAGCGGUCAAGGCUCAACCGGCAGAGUUCUCCGGCCAUGCCUCACAAGGUUGCCAACAGAAUCUCUGACCCCAACCUGCCCCCGAGGUCGGAGUCCUUCAGUAUCAGCGGGGUUCAGCCUGCUCGGACACCCCCCAUGCUCAGACCCGUCGAUCCCCAGAUUCCACAUCUGGUAGCGGUAAAAUCCCAGGGACCUGCCUUGACCGCCUCCCAGUCAGUGCACGAGCAGCCCACCAAGGGCCUCUCUGGGUUUCAGGAGGCUCUGAACGUGACCUCCCACCGCGUUGAGAUGCCACGCCAGAACUCGGAUCCCACCUCCGAAAACCCUCCUCUCCCCACUCGCAUUGAGAAGUUUGACCGAAGCUCUUGGUUACGACAGGAAGAAGACAUUCCACCAAAGGUGCCUCAAAGAACAACUUCUAUAUCCCCAGCGUUAGCCAGAAAGAAUUCUCCUGGAAAUGGUAGUGCUUUGGGACCCAGACUAGGAUCUCAACCCAUCAGAGCAAGCAACCCUGACCUCCGCAGAACUGAGCCCAUCUUGGAGAGCCCCUUGCAGAGGACCAGCAGUGGCAGUUCCUCCAGCUCCAGCACCCCUAGCUCCCAGCCUAGCUCCCAAGGAGGCUCACAGCCUGGAUCGCAAGCGGGAUCCAGUGAACGGACCAGAGUUCGAGCCAACAGUAAGUCGGAAGGAUCUCCUGUGCUCCCCCAUGAGCCUUCCAAGGUGAAGCCAGAAGAAUCCAGAGACAUUACCCGACCUAGUCGACCAGCUAGCUAUAAGAAAGCAAUAGAUGAGGAUCUGACGGCAUUAGCCAAAGAAUUACGAGAACUUCGGAUCGAAGAAACAAACCGCCCACUGAAGAAGGUGACUGAUUACUCCUCCUCCAGUGAGGAGUCGGAAAGUAGCGAUGAAGAGGAGGAAGAUGGAGAGAGCGAGACCCAUGAUGGGACAGUGGCUGUCAGUGACAUACCCAGACUCAUACCCACAGGAGCCCCGGGAAACACGGAGCAGUACAAUGUGGGAAUGGUAGGCACUCACGGGCUGGAGACCUCUCACGCGGACACUUUCAGCAGCAGUAUUUCAAGAGAAGGAACCCUGAUGAUAAGAGAGACAUCUGGAGAGAAGAAGCGAUCUGGCCACAGUGACAGCAAUGGCUUUGCUGGCCACAUCAAUCUCCCAGACCUGGUGCAGCAGAGCCACUCCCCAGCCGGGACACCAACGGAGGGCCUGGGGCGCGUCUCCACCCAUUCCCAGGAGAUGGAAUCUGGGACUGAAUACGGCCUGGGGAGCAGCACUAAGGCCUCCUUCACUCCCUUUGUGGACCCCAGAGUGUACCAAACGUCUCCCACUGAUGAAGAGGAAGAAGACGAAGAAUCAUCAGCUGCGGCUCUGUUUACUAGCGAACUUCUUAGGCAAGAACAGGCCAAACUCAAUGAAGCACGAAAGAUUUCAGUGGUAAACGUAAACCCAACCAACAUUCGACCUCAUAGCGACACACCUGAAAUCAGAAAAUACAAGAAACGAUUCAACUCGGAGAUACUCUGUGCAGCUCUGUGGGGUGUGAACCUCCUGGUGGGAACAGAAAAUGGCCUGAUGCUUUUGGACCGAAGUGGGCAAGGCAAAGUCUAUAAUCUGAUCAACCGGAGGCGAUUUCAGCAGAUGGACGUGUUAGAGGGACUGAAUGUCCUGGUGACGAUAUCAGGAAAGAAGAACAAACUACGAGUUUACUAUCUUUCAUGGUUAAGAAACAGAAUACUACACAACGACCCAGAAGUGGAAAAGAAACAAGGCUGGAUCACAGUUGGGGACUUGGAAGGCUGCAUACAUUACAAAGUUGUUAAAUAUGAAAGGAUUAAAUUCCUAGUGAUUGCCUUAAAGAAUGCUGUGGAAAUAUAUGCCUGGGCUCCUAAACCAUAUCAUAAGUUCAUGGCAUUUAAGUCUUUUUCAGAUCUCCAGCACAAGCCACUGCUUGUUGAUCUCACAGUAGAAGAAGGUCAAAGAUUGAAGGUUAUUUUUGGUUCACACACUGGUUUUCAUGUAAUUGAUGUUGAUUCAGGAAACUCUUAUGAUAUCUACAUACCAUCUCAUAUUCAGGGCAAUAUCACUCCUCAUGCCAUUGUCAUCUUGCCUAAAACAGAUGGAAUGGAAAUGCUUGUUUGCUAUGAGGAUGAGGGGGUGUAUGUAAACACCUAUGGCCGGAUAACUAAGGAUGUGGUGCUCCAAUGGGGAGAAAUGCCCACGUCCGUGGCCUACAUUCAUUCCAAUCAGAUAAUGGGCUGGGGCGAGAAAGCUAUUGAGAUCCGGUCAGUGGAAACAGGACAUUUGGAUGGAGUAUUUAUGCAUAAGCGAGCUCAAAGGUUAAAGUUUCUAUGUGAAAGAAAUGAUAAGGUAUUUUUUGCAUCCGUGCGAUCUGGAGGAAGUAGCCAAGUGUUUUUCAUGACCCUCAACAGAAAUUCCAUGAUGAACUGGUAACAGAAGAGCACUUGGCACUUAUCUUCAUGGCGUUGUUUCUAAUUAAAAAGAACAUAACUCAUGUGGACUUAUGCCAGUCUAGAGGCAGAAUCAGAAGGCUUGGUUGAACUUACCGCUUUCCCCUCUUCCUCUCCCCCAACCCGUCCUAGUACAGUCCACAGUCCAUCUUUCAGUGUUGCAGCCUGGUUGAGAAGGAGAGAAAAAGGUGGCAGGAAUUUCCAGGAGAUCCCCAAGAAUGCUGCGUUGUUUGUGGACAAAGAUGGACCAUGUGCCCUUCGGAGUUAGGGAUAGAAACAAAUAUUGUGUGCUCUUAUGAUUAAGCUGUGUUAUGGUGGGUUUUGAGUUUUGUUUUUGUUUUGUUUUUCUACCUUUUUUCUUUAUCCCCUUACUUUGUAAGAAUGGGGAGAGAGUGCAUACUGAGAAGAUGAGUCUGUUUUUAAUUCUGUCUGCCUGCUAGCUAUGACUAUACGAUAUGUUGUGAAAUUUCCAAUUUCAAAUGGUGAGAGACAGCACAAUAAAUGUACCUUAUCUCCUUACACUGAAGGCCAUAAUUGCAUAGUGGGGUAAUUUUAGAACUCUUUUGCCUUCACCAACCCAAAGGUUGCUUUUUGAUAGCAACUGGCUAAUGAAUUUUUAAAAGAGAAGAAAAAUACUAGUUUUCCCCUCUUUGGGGAAAUGGAUUUUAAAUGGCUAAACUACUAGCCUUAGACUAAUAAAAUCAACUACCAUUUUUGUGAGUCUGACAGGCCCUAUUUUUAUAUGGCCCUGUGCAGAAUGGAAUGUGUUGAAUGGGAUAGUAGUGCCAUUGAGUUGAGUUGGCUCUAGCGAUUGAGGGACUCUGUAACACAACUUUCCCUCAGCUAUUAUGCAACAGAUCAGGGCAAAAGAUGGGAUGACUGACGGGGUUGGACAAAAAGAGCUUCUGGGAAACAAACUAAAAAAAAAAAAAUUUAUAUAUUAUAUCCGUAUAUAUAUAUACAUAAAUAAAUAUAUAUAUAUAUACACACACAUUCUUUUUUUAAUGCACAAAGCCUCUAGCAAAGAGGUCACUGGCUUUGGGCUUCAUUAGGAGUAAGACUGUUGAGUUCUUUCUGGGAAUUGGGGAGUGAAUGACAUCCAGACUCUGGUCAUUCCCAGCUUUCUCCUGAGGGUGCCACUUUCUCAAGAUGAAAACUGUGACUGAAAAAAUAAUAAUAAUAAAUGUUUCUGAGCUGCCUGUGUUCUCUCUGGGUUGGUGAGAGAAGGGACUAGACUACUAAGCCUGCCUGAGACACAGCAGGCAUCAUUGGUUCAGAGUUUAUAGAACUUAAAAGCAAGGCUUUGGCCAGAAUUCUGAGACCCUAAUCAUUUUCCCUUCCUCCAAAUUACCCAACAUACGGUAAACAACAUUUGUGCAGAGAUAUGUAUGUAUUUAGUUCAGGUUGACUUGUGUCCUUAUAAACUCUUACUCGGAUGAUUUUGAACUUUGACGUGACUGUCUGGGUUUUUUUUUUUCCAAAGCUACAAGCAUGGCCGCCUGUGGUAUCGAGGUGUUGCAAAACGAUAUGUGUUGCGCUUCCUGUUUUAACCUACCUCGUUUCGUUUGUUUUGUUUCACUGUUCAUCACAGCAGUGUUAUCUCCAGGAGACAUAUAGAGAGCUCAACUGGCAAUCUCAGGUGUAUUUCCUACUUUUUAAACAAAACAGUAGUUGACCAAAUUGUUCUUCAAAAAUUUUUUAAAAAUCCAACUUCAACAAAAACUAAUGCGACUUGCUUCUGGAGAAAGCAAUUCCUGUAAACAGAUUUUUGUAUUUCUUGAAGUCUGUGAUCCUACUGAUUUUUGCCUAAAUACAUUAGCAGCUGAUGUACUAUUAAUGAGAACGAAAUAGACUUAGGAAAAUGGAGCCAUUUCAAUCUGGUGGUUUGGGUAAAAGGGGGAAGGGCAGGGGAAUUGUUGCAGUUUCUGAAGUAGGUGAUUAUGGCCCUCCUGUAGUGGUAGUUCUCAUAGCAUCAUUUCCAUUUGAAACAGGUAACACACAGUAAUGGAAUUGGGGAUUACCUUCAGGCGAUCACUGAGAUGUCCUCAUCAAGGUCCCUUUAGCUCUUAAAAGCAAUGAAAUCCUCCCGUUCUCAUUUUUACUGCUAUGGCUCUGCUGAUGAACAAUACUAUCUUCACAAAUUCCAUGCAACAAAUUCAGCAAUAACUUUUUGGAUUGAAUUUAGCAACUACUGUAAUUGGAUGCGGAUGUGGACAAAAUAUAUUGAUUUGGGUCUCAUUCCCAAAUGUGAUUGCCACCAGCUCUUUAUAUCGCUGCUGUGGUAUCUUAAACCAGAAGCUUCUUUAAAUUAUGUUGCAAACUGAUCUUUGUUUUUAUGUUAUGUUUUGUUUUGAUUUCUAAGUGAUGAGUUCGAAACACACAGCUUUAAAUGAUUUUUUUAUUGUGGGAUUUUGGGUACAGUUAAGAAAUAAAAGGGAAUCAUUGUGUUUAAACAUAAGGUAGUUUGUGAAUGUAUUUUUUAAAAUCUAGAGUCAUUGAAACAAAACUCAUAAAAACAAUAUUAAUGCAGUCUUGUUUACAGUAUGUACAGUGACAUAACAUAGAACAUGAGCUUUUUCUGGUGCCAACAAUAAAACACAGACGUUAAACAUCAA